GAGAGAGGGGGGACAAGCAAGGUUUCGGAGGAGCAUCGGUAACACUUCAAUGCAUCACAGUUCGAAGAGAGAGUGUAGACAAGAAGCAAGACAGUGAAAGACACAGAUCAAACUCACUCCACUGCCACUGAAGACAGUUCGCACGGACGGGAUUUGAUUCGGGUUUACGACUCGCUGACAUGCAAAAGUCUGUGCACUUGUGGAUCUCAGCAGGUGAUGCUUCGGUGAUGCUCUACGUUGCAUGGCAGAUGAGAACUCUGGGAGCGCAAAGGAUUGUGGAAUCAAACUGAAGUGCCAUCUCUCAGGAAGAGUGGAUUUCCCAGGGGAUUUCACCACGGAUGUUUAAAGUUUUUAUCAUGGGCUUCAUUGAUAACGCAACCUGAAGGUGACCUUCUGUAAGGGGACUGGAAAUUACGUCGCCAAUUCCCCAACCUAAACAAUUCAGCGACCUUGGAUUCUUCACCAGAUGGCACAUGCAAAUCAGCAAAUCAAUAUGGAUUUAUCACCUUCUAGGGCUCAUGAAACUGCAAUAAGUGGAAUAUGUCAGCAGUGAAGGACCGUGCUGAUGGUAUCGAGCGAUAACCCUGACGUGGAUAUAAUAAUUAAUCGAAAACAAUUGCUUUCGGUGGUUUGAAAAAUUAAAAUGGACGGUUUAUCUCUAAAUCACUUGUCAUGUUCUCUGACUCAAUCGGUGCGUUGAAGAAAACGGGAAUGCCAAGUCUUUGUUAGGUUUGGACAUGGCAGGAGACCAAACAUAUCAAUUGGUUUAGUACAAAAACAUCAUCCCUGAUCAUUAAGAGAGAUUUGCUUGGAUUAAGAAGUGCAGAAGACUUCCUUGAAAGGCCAUGCCUGGGGCUGAUGUACAACUUGCACCCCUUCCAGACUCUCCCGUCUCGACUGCUGACUCCCGAGGCUGAGAAAAAAACCUGGAAGGGGAAGGGAUAAUGCACGUCCCUCCCUCAACGGAGGAAGAAAGCACCAUGAGUAACGUUACCGUCCUUGACAUCACCGAGGCCGUGAGUCCCGCCAUGGCGGCGGCGGCCGGCCCGAUCCCGUACCCGCUCAGCUUCCAGGUGUCCCUGACUGGAUUCCUCAUGCUGGAGAUUGUCCUGGGCUUGAGCAGCAACCUGACCGUGUUGGCGCUCUACUGCAUGAAGUCCAACCUGGUCAAUUCCGUUAGCAACAUCGUCACCAUGAACCUGCACGUGCUGGACGUGUUGGUGUGCGUUUGCUGCAUCCCGCUAACCAUCGUCGUGCUAAUGCUGUCAUUGCAAAGCGACACGGUGCUCGUGUGCUGCUUCCACGAGGCCUGCGUGUCUUUCGCUAGCGUGGCUACGGCAGCUAACGUGCUAGCCAUCACUUUGGACCGCUACGACAUCUCCGUUAAACCCGCCAAUCGCGUGCUGACCAUGGGACGAGCGGUGGCUCUGUUGGGUUGCAUUUGGGUGCUGUCCUUUGCUAGCUUCUUGGUGCCAUUUAUCGAAGUGGGAUUCUUGGGACCGGAGCCCACCAAAGCAAAUCAGACCGCCGUCGUGCACGUAAACGAGUAUUACACCGAACUCGGUCUGUACUACCACCUAGUGGCGCAAAUCCCCAUUUUCUGUUUGACUGCCGUCAUAAUGCUAAUGACAUACGCGAAGAUCCUGCAGGCUCUCAACAUCCGCAUUGGCACGCGCUUCCAUGCCACGCAGAAGAAGAAGAAGAAGAAGAUGAGGAGGAAAAAGAACUUCUCUCUUAUGUCGACAUCUGAACAACAGCUUCCCGAGAUCACAGACGCCUCGCAAAGCAGCGCCGGAAACCGCGGAAACGCUCCACUCGGCAUGCGCACGUCAGUCUCGGUGAUCAUCGCCCUACGGCGGGCCGUCAAACGCCACCGGGAACGCCGUGAGCGCCAAAAGCGCGUUUUCCGCAUGUCGUUGCUAAUCAUCUCCACGUUCCUCCUCUGUUGGACGCCCAUUACCGUUUUAAACACUGUGAUUCUCAGCGCAGGCCCCAGCGACCUCACCGUCAAGCUCAGAAUGGGUUUUCUGGUCAUGGCCUACGGCACCACGGUCUUCCAUCCGCUCUUGUAUGCCUUCACAAGGCAGAAGUUUCAGAAAGUCCUGAAGAGUAAAAUGAAGAAACGGGUGGUGUCCAUCAUCGAGGCGGAUCCGCUGCCGAACAAUGCAGUGAUUCGAAACUCCUGGAUCGACCCUAAACGGAAUAAGAAAGUGACGUUUGACGAUCACGAAGCCAGGCAGAAAUGCCUAUCAUCGGAAGAUGCCGAUUAAAGCCACUUUGCAACCUCGUUUUCAUAAAAGCACUGUUAUCCAUAAAGGGAACCACGUGAUGUGAAUAUUAGUCGUACAUGAGCAGGUAUCUACUGAGGCGUAUUGCAUUCACUUGAAGAAAAAAAAAUGUACUCUGUUUUUUUUAAUUAAUGAGUUAAU